GGCACCUCUCAUCACAAUCUUAAUUCAACUCCUGUCGUGCUGGAAAAAGAUGGAUGGAUGGUAGGAGCAGAUCGUCGCCUGCUUUUCUGGGUACCACCCGCUUCCCGACGAGAACCAUUUUAUUAUCCUGGGACUGUAUUGGUGAUACCCAGUGGGCUAGAGUUUGAUUUGAGUCGCAUGGCUCAUGGAGAACAAUGGUGGAAAUGCCGAGAUGCCUCUACUUGCAAAUGAUCUAGUUGUAAUACCCAUUGUUCAAGUGAGAUGACCCGCCGUAAACCAUGCGGGGUAUAUGUGUCCACACGCUACCGCUACUAGUUUAUCCGAGCACGUACUGAGGACUAUGAAUCAAGUGAUUCCAUCACCUGAGAGACGUUGUUGCGCCCUGGAAUACCUGUCGUGCAGUUGAUGAUCAAAACCCCUUCGAAGCCUGGGUGAUCAUCGGCGCUGAGAUGACCUUCGCGUCUUCCUUUUUCUUCAGGAUGCUUCAAAAUUCGUCCUCAACUUGGAACACAAGCAACAAGUCAACAUGACGCUUUGAUUGAUACCACGUCAAUUCCUAGUGUUACCAAUUAUCUCAAAUCAAGC